UGCUAAGUCGGUACCCUUUCCGGAAGUGGUUGUUGGCCGCUGCAGGGCAACACCCCGGCGUCCCUGGAAGCGGGGAGCCGGGGUGGUGCUGGGGAAGCUGCGCAGAGCCGGGAGCGUUGGUCCAGUGCUUCCCGGGGCGGGGGGCAGGUGUUUGAGCCCAGACCAAUCAUGGCGGGAAGACCCAUCCGCAUAGGAGACCAGCUGGUUCUAGAAGAAGAUUAUGAUGAGACCUACAUCCCCAGUGAGCAAGAAAUUCUCGAGUUCGCCAGAGAGAUUGGUAUUGACCCCGUCAAAGAGCCGGAACUGAUGUGGUUGGCGAGGGAGGGCAUUGUGGCCCCCCUGCCUGUGGAGUGGAAGCCCUGCCAGGACAUCACAGGUGAUAUUUACUAUUUCAACUUUGCCAAUGGGCAGUCCACGUGGGACCAUCCGUGUGACGAGCACUAUCGGAACUUGGUAAUCCAAGAGCGGGGGAAGCUGUCAGCUCCUGGAGCCAUUAAGAAGAAAGACAAGAAAAAGAAAAAGGAAAAGAAAGAUAAGAAGGACAAAGAGAACCCCAAAAGUCUGCUGGAAACACAGCCUGAGCAGGGACUUCUGCCUUCUUCCUUCCUUCUCCGUGGCCCAUCCCCUCUCUCGGCACCUGGGCUUGCUGAUCUGGACCCAGACCAGGAGAUGCAGGCUAGAAGUGAGGGCUGCUUUAAGAAAGGGAAGAGCCCCAGCGCGCUGGGUGACACGCCCUGGCCUCUGCUGGGCACCCUGCCUGGCAAGCUACAGCCACUCUCCAAAGGCCAAGCUUCUCGCACCCACCAGAUCUUUGCCGAUGUGGAGGAAAUCUUAGGCAGGGCCCCAGCCCAGUGCAGGACAGAAUUAGGUGACCAGCAGGGCCUGGGGAAACCCCAGAAGCUGACAGACAAAAUCUACCUGGGGUUUUCCGACCCUGAAAUAGAAGAGCUGGAACUGAGGACCAGACAGCAGAAGCCCAGCACCCUGGGCGCUGAGAAUACCAGGCCCCUCCAGAAUGGGCAGGAUGUGCUGGAAGGCAGGAGCCAGGCCUCUGUGUACUCAGGGCUUUCUGAAACCAUCACCGGCCUACAGCUGAGAGGGGAGCAGCAUGGCCACCUCAUGGCCAAAUGGGGCUCCACUGGCCCCGGGGGAGACAAGAGCCAGAGUCCCAUUCCCUCACCGUCCCUGGAGGAUGACCGCUCCCAGUCCCUGUGCUCCUCUGACCACAUGCCGCCUACCAGGAAGAGCCAAGCGCUCUUGCUAGAUAGCGCCUCAGCCGAUGGCCUGAGCUGGCAGGGCAUUUCUGGGGAAGGUGGUAGUGUGGGCAGGGGGAGGAGGAGGAAAGAGCCCCCAGAACUGUGGAUGGGGCAGGUCUCCAAGCUUGUCAACCAGGACACCUCGGGGAGCUGCGAGGAGACAGGACCCGAUGCCCCUGAGGCUCUAGGGGCAUCAGCCAAAGAUCCACCGCAGGAGCUCUUCCUGCUGCCGCCCGCCCCGCUGGCUUUAGAGCUGGCCCAGAAUGCCCCUGCCGGGAGUGCCCCUGGACGCUCCCCUGACCGUGAGGAGAGACAACCCCCGGGGUCCCUAGAGCCCCCCGAAGAAGACAGGAAGCCUAGUGAGUCUGAGCCUGACGUGGAGAGCAGCAGCCUGGCUUCUCACCUGGGCUCGCAGAUCCUGGGUGAGGUGAGCAACUUCCCUUGGGACCUGCAGAGCUUGCAGGGCUCUGAGCAGGGCGGGGGCCAGCUUGCUCCCAGGGCCGGAGGGCAGCGCUGCAGCCCCUUCCUGGGACUGCAGUUGGCCCACUUGCAGAGCUCUGCUGACGAGCAGUCAGAGAGCGAAGACUACUCUGAGGACCAGAGAUUCUACCGGCACAUCCUGCAGAUGGUCAAGAUCUCCAGGCGGCUGGAGGGCCUGGAGCUGCCCGAGAGCACGCCGGAGACGCCAUGUAAGGCUCUUGCCAGCAUGGUCUGUGGCCUGGCGGCCGAGUCUCCCAGAAUGUCUAGUGAGGGUGAGCACGAGGCCAGCAAAGCUGUGGAGAGGGACCCGAGGCUCCUGGCUUGGGGGCCGGAGAUGCUGGAGCACCCUCAGGAGGCGGCUCUUGCCCCUGCUGGGCAGGCGGUCCCUCAGCAAGCCUGUGUCCAGCUCAGCAGCAGCCCCCUCAGCCAGGGGCCGGACGAGCUGAGGUGCAGCAGAGCGCUCGCUGCAGAGCCGGGCAAGGCCCUGGGCUCCUCAUUAGCCCCAGUCCACAUCCCUCCCGGGGGCCUGGCUCCCUUGAGAGGUCUUGUGGAUGCCCCCACCUCUGCUCUUCGUGGAUCGCAAAACGUGAGCUUGGGGAGCUCGGCGGAGUCUGGUCAGCUCGGAGAACUCACACUGCCUUCACAGGGUCUCAAGACUUCUGCUUAUACGAAGGGUCUCUUGGGCUCCAUCCAUGAGGACAAGAAUGCUCUCAGCCUCUUGGCUUUAGGGGAGGAGACCAACGCAGAGGAUGAGGUGGAGAGUGACAACCAGAGUGUUCGCAGUUCAAGUGAGCUUUUGAAGAACCUGCACCUGGACAUUGGGGCGCUGGGGGGUGACUUUGAGUAUGAGGAGUCUCCGAGAACAAGCCAGCCAGAGGAGAGGAAGGACGCUUCUCUGUAUUCCGAUGCUGCCGGGCCCCCAACUCCCGGCAAGCUCCUCAGCCAGGGAGCAGACGGCAGUCUGAGCAGCGCUGAUGGCAGAGAGCAGCAGGGAAGAGGGGCGAGUGCUCGGCUCCCGGCAAAAGAAAUGGAUGAGAAGAGUGAUCCUGGGAAGUCCAGGAUUGAGGUGGACCCUGGGGGCGGUCAGCCUGCUCAAGCCACUGAAAAGGAGGCACCAGAAGACUCAUUGGAUGCAGGAGAAGAGGGUUCCAGGAGGGGAGAGGCCCAGGUGGUGGAGGAGAAGGAGCCCAAGGAGGAGACUUCGGUCCCCAAAGAGAGCAGAUCAGACCGGAGCCAGGAUUCGGACAUCAGUGAACACGUGAAAGAGCUGCAGCUCUCGGACUCUGCCGCGUCUGACCCCAAGUCCUUCCUGGGCCUGGACUUCGGUUUUCGCGGCCGGAUCUCCGAGCACCUGCUGGAUGUCAACGUGCUUUCCCCAGUCCUGGAUGGAGCCCACUGGGAGGCCCAGAGGUUGGGAAGAGAAGACAAGGAUGGCAGCCAGUCCAGCCAAGAUGAGCAGCGGAGCAAGCCAUCCAGAGGCUCGGAGAGGACUUACUCAGCUGCCCUGGCUGGUCUGACCAGGUUGUCUCCUCCACUGGUGCCUGGGAGGUGGCACCAGAGUCCCCUUCACAGCCAGGCCACCGAAGAAGGGCCUCUGCAGGCCUCUGAAGGGCAGCUUAAGCAGGAGCAGGCAGAGGAGUCUGGGGACUCUGCAGGCAGCCCCGUCCCGCCCGGUUCCCUGAAGAGGGAGGAGACCCCAAGCCCACCUGCUGCCCAUGAGAGGGGCAAGGAGCAGCGCUCCUGGGCCACGGAGCUGGGCCUUGGGCAGGAAGAGGCCAAGGAGCCCGAGGAGAAGGUGGCGGCCAGCCCUGCCCCUCCAGUCUUCUCAGAGGCAGAGAGGAGGGCGUGCCAUGCCGUGCUAGGCCACAUGGGGAAGGAGCAGGGUAUGCCAGGAGGCAGAAGAGGCGAGAAGGGAGACCAUGGCCCAGAGCCUUUAUUGGGGUUUCCGUGGGAAGGAAUGGGCGAGUCAGGGCGAUCUGUGGAGCCUGCAGGUCCCCCAAAGCAGGCUUCACUGAAGGCCAUGGAAGAGGCUGUGACCCAGGAACUGGAGCGAGACCGGAGGCAGCUCCUGGAAUCGAAGCAGGAGAAGAUGCAGCAGCUGCGGGAGAAGCUGUGGCAGGAGGAGGAGGAGGAGAUGCUCCAGCUGCAGCAGCAGAAAGAGAAGUCUCUCAGUUCCCUGAAGGAGCAACUGCGGAAGGCCACCGAGGAGGAGGAGACUCAGAUGAGAGAGGAGGAGAGCCGGAGGCUGUCCCAGCUCCGGGCCCAGGUGCAGUCCAGCAUGGAAGCAGACGAGGGCCGCAUCAGGGCCGAGCAGGAGGCUUCUCUGCAGAGGCUGAGAGAAGAGCUGGAGUCUCUCCAGAAGGCCGAGAGGGCCAGCUUGGAACGGCAGAGCAGACAGAUGCUGGAGCAGCUCAAGGAAGAGCUGGAGGCCUCGGAGAAGAGAGAGCAAGCUGCUCUGAAUGCCGAAAAGGAGGCAGCUUUGCAGCAGCUCAGGGAGCGGCUGGAGCAGGAGAGGAAAGAUGCAGCGGCAGCGCUGGAGAGGGAGCACAGGGCCGAGCUGGAGCGGCUCUCUUCCUCGCUGGAGGCCAAGCACAGGGAGGUUGUCUCCAGCCUGCAGAGGAAGAUGGAGGAAGCCCAGCAGAAAGAGGCGGCCCAGGUGCAGGAGAGCCUCGGUUGGGCGGAGCAGAGGGCUCACCACGUGCUUGAAUACGAGCAAGAGCUCAGUGGCCUUCUGCGAGAGAAGCGCCAGGAGGUGGAGAGGGAACAUGAGAGGAAGAUGGACAAGAUGAAGGAGGAGCACCAGCAGGUGGUGGCUGAAGCCAGAGAGCAGUACGAGGCCGAGGAGAGGAAGCAGCGGGCGGAGCUGCUGGGCCACCUGACUGGGGAGCUGGAGCGUCUGCGUAGGUCCCACGAGCGAGAACUGGAGGCUGUGAGGCAGGUGCAGGACAGGCAGCUUGAGGACUUGCGGCGUCAGCACCGGGAGCAGGAAAGGAAACUCCAAGAUUUAGAGGUGGAACUUGAAACCAGAACCAAAGAUGUCAAGGCCAAAUUGGCUCACCUGGGCCUCCAGGAGGAGACAGCCCGAAAGGAGCAGCAGCAGCUCCUCCAUGCGCAGAGGCAGGCUGCGCUGGAGAGCGAGGAGGUCACAGCCAGCUACCAGCACUUGGAGGAGGCAAAGAAGGAGCACACGCACCUGUUGGAGUCCAACCGACAGCUCCGAAGACUCCUGGAUGAGCUUCGGGCCCGCAGGGCGGAGCUGGAGUCCCAGGUGGAGGCGCUGGAGUCCCAGGUGGAGGCGCUGCAGACCCAGAGUCGGAGGCUGCAGAAGCACAUCAGCGACCUGGAGGCUGAAGCUCAGAGGAAGCAGGACAUGUUGAAAGAGCUGGAAGCUAAAGAGAGCAGCGCUGCCCCAUGUUUUGAGCCAGACUUCCACAUUGAGGACCUGAGGAAGUCCCUUGGGACCAACCAGACCAAAGAGGUACCCUCUUUUCUCUCCCAGAGCAAGGAGGAGACCGACUUGUCCUUGGACAGCGUCCGGCACUACCUCUCUGCCGAGGGAAUGGCUCUCCGCAGUGCCAAGGAGUUCCUGGUACGGCAGACGCGCUCCAUGCGGCGGCGGCAGUCGGCUCUGAAGGCCGCACAGCAGCACUGGCGCCGGGAGCUGGCCCGUGCUCCGGAGGCCACCAAGGACCCCCCGGGCACCAAGGCCCUGGAGGACGCGCGCCAGGACCUGGAGGAGGAGACCAGGCACCUGGAUGAAAUGAAGUCAGCUAUGCGGAAGGGCCACGACCUGCUGAAGAAGAAGGAGGAGAAGCUGAAUCAGCUGGAGUCCUCUCUCCGGGAGGAGGCUUUAGAUGAGGACACUCGGCGACAGACCCCCAAGAAGGGGGUGACAUUUGAUCUCAGCGACACGGACGACGUGAGCAGUGCAGGCUCCGAAUCCUGCCCCCUGCCUCACUAUGAGUGGCAGUGCCGGCAGGGCGAGGACCAUGUCAACCUGACUGCAAGUGCCACGUUGCCCUACAAGUACCACUACCUGAGCAGCAGCCUUCAGCGGAUCAGCAGCCAGCUGAACGGCGUCCUCAGCAUGCUGGGUAGUCUCAACCCCCAGCCGCCGCCGCCACUCUUCACUUCCACGCCAGUGCCUGCCCCGCCCCGGAACCCCAGGAGUAACCCCAUACCCGCCUGCUCCUCCCUGGCCCGGGUCUCGGCCUGGCCGCCGCUAGAGCCCACAACCACCCAGUGGGCCUGGGACCCCGGGCUGGGCCCCACGCUCUCCUCCUCCGUGGCUCAAUCCGUGGAUGACUUCCUGCUGGAGAAGUGGCACAAGUAUUUCCCAACUGGAGUACCGUUCCUCAGCAGUAGCCCCGCGCCCAUGGAGAACAGGCUGGGUUACGUGUCUGCCAGCGAGCAGCUGCGUCUCCUGCAGCGGGCCCAUUCCCAUGGCUCCGGGCUUGAGGUAGGCAGCACAGACUUCCAGAGCAUGAUCGAGGCUAACCGAAAGUGGCUAGAACAUUACAGGAAUGACCCCAAGUUACAUCUCUUCUCUUCGGUGCCCAAGCCCGCAGCUACCUCAGGCCUUCUGCAUCUGGGCCUGGAUGAGAACAACAGACUGAGGGUGUGUCAUUACUAAGGCCCCGAGCCCCUCCCACACCCCGAUCAAGUGCCUGUGGAGCCGCCCGCACUCCGGACCCAACACAGCAUUCUCCUGCCUUGUUUGCUGCCUGCCUUGCUCGGAGGAACCCGGGGCUGCGCUGGAAACCAUGCGAUGCCCCCCACCCCCUGAGACCAUGUACCUCAGGCUGAAGAGUCUGGCCUCCUGCGAGCUCCUGUCUGGACAAGGUGACACUGAUGGGGGAUGUCCGAGCCUGGGCACCUGCAGGAGGACAAGAACAAGGUAUUAGGAGUUGCCUUCUGAGGCCAAGGGCCUCCGGGCUCUCUGUGCAUAGUAUUCUGGCAGUUGUGGAUGUGUGGCCCUUACUUCACCAGGACAAAGCCCCCAGCAUGUCUGGAGGCUCUAAUACCUCAGCCUCAGAGAUAUCAGACCCUUUUCUUUCUCUUUUUUGUAAGUCUCCUUUCUUGAGCACUCUAUCUCAGGAUUGGGCCCAGAGCCCUACCAGAGGUUGGGCUGUAAGUUGGCCCCCAGAUGCUCUGCUAUCCCCCCUUCCUCCGCUGGCUCCGUGCAUUUCUCAGGGGUGCUCCUUCCCUUCCUCGGGCUCCUCCCCAGAGUCCUCCCCCCACCCCAAGUCUCAGGUCACAAGCGCACGACUUGCAAGAAGCCAACAAGCCAUAGGAGAAGUCUGGGGUGUCUCUGGGUCCAUAUCUUGGUUUUUCUCUUUCUGGACCACCAUGGGGAGAGUUGUGCGUUCUUGUUUCUGUUCCCUGGCAGCCCUCCUCUGGGCUGAGCCACACAGGGUCGAGCUCCCUGUAGUCCUGCUUCCCGUCAGAGGGCUCUCUUGGGGGUUGCAGUGGAUGUUCUCCGACAUCUGUUCCAUCGUUUAAAUAAAAUGCCCCCGGGUUUGUCUUGAAGGCUCCGGGGCUGCCCUUGCC